AAUGGCUUUACUCCUUUAUAUAUGGCGGCUCAAGAGAACCACAUUGAAGUGGUGAAAUAUCUCCUGGAGAAUGGAGCCAACCAAAGCACAGCUACUGAGGAUGGUUUCACUCCUCUAGCUGUUGCGCUGCAACAAGGACACAACCAGGCGGUGGCCAUCCUCCUGGAAAACGACACCAAGGGGAAAGUGAGAUUGCCAGCUCUGCAUAUUGCCGCCCGAAAAGACGACACCAAAUCAGCGGCGCUCCUACUGCAGAACGACCAUAAUGCCGACGUGCAGUCCAAGAUGAUGGUGAAUAGGACGACUGAGAGUGGCUUUACACCUUUGCACAUAGCCGCGCACUAUGGAAAUGUCAAUGUGGCAACGCUUCUGCUAAACCGAGGAGCCGCAGUCGAUUUCACAGCAAGGAAUGGAAUCACCCCACUGCAUGUGGCUUCCAAAAGGGGAAACACAAACAUGGUGAAGCUCUUGUUGGAUCGCGGAGGGCAGAUCGAUGCCAAAACCAGGGAUGGACUCACCCCGCUCCACUGUGCUGCAAGAAGUGGACAUGACCAAGUUGUGGAGCUGCUCCUGGAACGAGGUGCCCCACUACUUGCACGGACCAAGAACGGACUCUCUCCACUUCACAUGGCGGCCCAGGGGGACCACGUGGAAUGUGUCAAACACCUACUGCAGCACAAAGCUCCCGUGGAUGAUGUCACGCUGGAUUACCUGACCGCCCUCCACGUGGCCGCACACUGCGGCCACUAUCGUGUCACCAAACUCCUUCUGGACAAGAGAGCAAAUCCCAAUGCUCGUGCCCUGAAUGGUUUUACUCCACUGCACAUUGCCUGCAAGAAAAAUCGCAUCAAAGUCAUGGAACUCCUGGUGAAAUAUGGGGCUUCAAUCCAGGCUAUAACAGAGUCGGGCCUCACACCAAUACACGUGGCUGCGUUUAUGGGCCACUUGAACAUAGUCCUGCUUCUGCUGCAGAACGGAGCCUCUCCCGAUGUCACUAACAUUCGUGGAGAAACGGCGUUGCACAUGGCGGCACGUGCCGGGCAGGUGGAAGUCGUUCGCUGCCUCCUGAGAAACGGGGCCCUGGUUGAUGCCCGGGCCAGGGAAGAACAGACUCCACUGCACAUUGCUUCUCGCUUGGGGAAAACGGAGAUAGUCCAACUUCUGCUACAGCACAUGGCUCACCCUGAUGCCGCAACAACUAACGGGUACACUCCACUGCACAUCUCCGCCAGAGAGGGACAAGUUGAUGUCGCAUCAGUUCUCCUAGAGGCAGGUGCCUCGCACUCCAUGUCCACCAAAAAGGGAUUCACACCUUUGCACGUGGCGGCCAAAUAUGGGAGCCUGGAAGUGGCGAAACUCCUGCUGCAGCGUCGUGCCUCUCCCGAUUCUGCGGGCAAGAACGGCCUCACUCCCCUCCACGUGGCGGCCCAUUACGACAACCAGAAGGUGGCCAUGCUGCUGCUGGAGAAGGGCGCCUCACCCCACGCGACCGCCAAGAAUGGAUACACCCCUCUGCAUAUUGCUGCCAAGAAAAAUCAGAUGCAGAUAGCUACCACUCUGUUGAACUAUGGGGCCGAGACCAACAUUUUGACCAAGCAGGGAGUCACCCCGCUUCACCUGGCCUCCCAAGAAGGUCACACUGACAUGGUGACCUUGCUUUUGGAGAAAGGAUCCAAUAUCCAUGUGGCAACAAAGACUGGACUGACAUCCUUACACCUCGCAGCUCAAGAGGAUAAAGUGAACGUAGCUGAAAUACUCACAAAACACGGUGCGAACCAAGAUGCUCAGACAAAGCUUGGCUAUACACCUCUAAUUGUGGCGUGUCACUACGGAAACAUCAAAAUGGUGAAUUUUCUUCUCAAGCAGGGCGCAAAUGUCAACGCUAAAACAAAGAAUGGGUACACCCCUCUUCACCAAGCUGCUCAACAAGGCCACACUCACAUCAUUAACGUUCUUCUCCAACAUGGGGCCAAGCCCAACGCCAUCACCACUAAUGGGAACACUGCCUUAGCGAUCGCGAGGCGUCUGGGGUACAUCUCCGUGGUCGAUACGCUGAAGGUUGUAACGGAGGAGAUUACCACCACCACAACU